CCAAGAAAAUUAGAUUUGUAAUAUGGGUUCCAGAGGGUUCGAGUAUGAUCCGGUAUAGUGAAGGGAUUUACUUGGUGGGAGGGCUUUACUUUGCAGACCGGCUCUGGGAACCACCCAGCCACCUAUUCAACGGGCACUGUGGACACUUUCCCAAGGAGUUAAGCGGCAGGGGGGUGUUGGCUACACUGAUGCUCCUCUGGACCACCGUGUCAGGGCAGUAUGGAUACAGCUACAGCUCGUUCUCUGGGCCUGUAUCGGGAGAAAUACGUCAGGUUCCUGUUCAACAUCAUUACAACCCCCACCAGCACGUUGCAGCGACACAUCACCACCCUUCUUACAAUGCUAAAGUCGAUUACGUGGCUAAACCAGACUACACGUUCGCUUACGGCGUUGAGGAUCCCCUGACGGGAAACUCUCAGAACCACAAAGAGACUCGUGAUGGUGACGUAGUGAAGGGCCAGUACACGGUCCUGGACCCUGACGGCUCCACUCGUACAGUCACCUACACUGCUGAUCCACAGAACGGGUUCCAAGCAACGGUGCACCAGUCAGCACCUUCGAACAGCGUGCACCAACAGGCACCUGCACCACGUGGCCACUAUAACGGGGAUUACUAUUACCAGUAA